CAACCAAUCGAUCAUUCAAAUGUUAGUUUUAUCCCUGGGCCUCAAGUCACCAACAAGACAGCGUCAGAAAGACUGAAAUAUUCAGUCGCAAGGUCAAACCCAGAAUGUUAAAAAGUGUUUUACACGUGGCAAAUGAACCCCAGAAGUCAGCUAUCUGGGGUCGAGCCAUCAAUCGAGGAUCAUUGGGCUAUUCUGUCCUCUCAGCGUCACUAGUCUGUGCGACGCCUCUACUAGGCAUUACAUUCAGCAUCAUCAUCAAUGACUUCCAGGGCUCAGUCUUGGGUUUUGUCUAUGCUGCAUACUCUGGAAAACUCUCGUCGAUCCUUCCAGCUUAUUACUUUCGCUUUAGCUGGCAUGCUCUAGCUGGGUAUGCGUUCUGGGCCUUUCUUCAAGCGCUUCUCUUCUGGGGUCUUCCCGGAAAGAAGGGCUUAGGGCAACCGACUGCGGGUGGCAAUAUACUCUCAUACAAAACCAAUGGCCUCUCUGCGUGGUUCGUCACGCAUGCCAUUCUUGGCCUCCUUUGCUUGAUGGGAGUUGUGGACCCUGGCUAUAUCCCGAGGAACUGGAUUAAUUUAUGGCAUGUGGCUAAUGUUUUUGGCUUCUUGGUGUCUGGUUUUGCCUUUAUCAAGGCUCAUCUUGUUCCCUCGCACAUACAAGAUCGAAAAUUUAGCGGUUCUCUCUUGUACGACUUUUACAUGGGCAUUGAACACAACCCUAGGAUUGGGAACGACUUCGAUAUAAAGCUUUUCACUAUAGGAAGAUUGGGUAUGGUUUCUUGGACUGUUAUCGACAUAUCGAACAUUGCCUACCAAUAUCAGACAUACCGUAUUAUCACGCCCUCACUUGUCCUUGUCACAAUACUGCAUGGAAUCUAUGUGAUAGACUUUUUCGUUCACGAGGAUUGGUACCUACGGACAAUUGACAUCGCCCAUGACCACUUUGGUUUCUACCUGGCUUGGGGGUCCAUUGUCUGGAUCCCAGCUACUUACACGCUCCAGGCACAGUAUCUAGGCCAAUUCCCAACGAUAGUGUCCAGAAUCUAUCUCAUAAUCGUUUUUGGUCUGGGUCUGGCUGGAUAUGUAGUGUUCCGCGUCGCGAACAACCAAAAGGAUCGAGUCCGCAGCAGCAAUGGCAACUGUGUCGUUUUCGGACAGCCUCCGCGAUACAUCCGAGCCAGAUAUAAGACAGCAGACGGAAAAUUUCACGAGAGCAUCUUGCUUUGUAGCGGAUGGUGGGGGUGGUCACGACACGCAAAUUAUGUAGGCGAUCUUCUUAUGAGUUUUGCCAUGUGUGCACUAGUUGGUACUACAAAGCUGCUGGUAUGGUUCUAUGGCUUUUUCAUGCUGGUUUUACUUAUACACCGCUGCUUGCGAGACGAGAAGCGGUGCCACGAUAAGUAUGGCAAGUACUGGCAAGAGUACUGCCGUCUUGUCCGCUGGCGCCUGAUACCUGGAGUUUGGUGAGCUAGUUAGCUUACAUCAGACACAGACAGUCUGAAUAGCUUGCUAAGCGGAUUUGGCUGUCGUCUCUUAUUUAUAGUAAUAUGGGGAAAUUAUAUAACUAGAGGUACUUUUAAAUGUAAUUUCU